AUGACUACCAUCGGGACUUUGUCAAGUCAAAAUGGUUCCAAUAAUAUGGAAACUGCACCGGCUGUACAAGAAGGGGAAAAUAAUCGUGAAUCGAUUAUUGCUUUGAAUGCAUGGAAACACUCGGACAUCCUAUGCAAGAACUAUAUCAUAAACGUAUUGGAUAAUACACUAUAUGGGGUGUAUAGUUCAAAGGAAUCAGCCAAGGAACUAUGGGAUUCUUUGAAGACAAAGUACAAGACCGAGAAUGCCGGAACAAAGAAAUUCAUUGUUGGCAAAUUUUUGGACUACAAGAUGGUAGAUUCCAAAAUCGUAAUUAUUCGAGUGCAAGAGAUUCAAGUCUUGUUACACGACAUCCACGUCGAGAAAAUGGAAUUGAGUGAAUCAUUCCAAGUGACUGCUAUUAUUGAGAAACUCCCUCCUAUGUGGAGAGAUUUCAAAAAUUACCUCAAGCACAAACGCAAGGAAAUGAACUUGGAAGAAUUGAUUGUGCGCUUGAGGAUUGAAGAGGACAAUCGAAAAACUGAACGAAGGCUGGUUGAUCAAGAUGGUGCAAAUUUUGUUGAAAUGGAACCAAAUGCAAUAAACAAGAAACAAAAGGCUCCUAAUUAUGUACCGCGAAGAGACAAUUCCAAGAAAGCUAAGAAGUUCAAAGGGAAUUGUUACAACUGUGGCAAGGUUGGACAUCAUUCAAGUGAAUGCUCAAGCCAAAGAAGAAUGCUCAAGCCCACAUGGUUGCAAAUAACACUCUAUCCAAUGGACUGCAAGAAAUGA